UUAUGUUUGAAUAAAUCGAAUUUUUUUUUACAAGCUAGUGGUAUAUAAAUACACAUUUUCAGAUAAAUUUCAAAUUUUUAACCCCUUCGGUACGCGCAUGCGCAAUGCAACUUAUGUUUUUUUUAAUAGCAACUGGUAUUUUUGAUAUCAAAUUCGGAUAUACUGAAUUUUUUUAAGUCAUUUUGACCAAUUAACCAUGGCUCUAAAACCAAAAUUGACUGAAUGAGAGCCAUUCAAAUCAUAAAAAAUAAUACAUUUUUACAAUUCAUUAUAAAAUGCAUAAAACCAUUUUAAUUAUUUAUUAUUGGUUUCUUUUUGAAUAUCUUUACGUAUUUUUUUUUUUAUACGUGUUAUAAAUAAGAUUAACAUAAUAUGGAUAUAAAAUUAUUUAAUUAAAAUUGAUUACAACAGUUAUUUUAUAAAAUAUGAAGUUAUCGAGGUUCUAAAUAAUAAGAUAAUCUUAAUUGACAUAGUUAUUCAGAUAAUUUAAUACUAGAUAAUCAGAAGUUAUUACAAUAGUAUGCAUUUAUUGCACAUUAAUAUUCACUAUUAUUAGAUGUUUAAUACCAUUAAGCGGUAAAUUAUAUCUACCUAUUAAUUCGUAAUUGUUUAAAGGUAGAAAAACCGUUGUGAUUAUUAAAUUUAUACUUGAAAGUUUAGAUAAAAUGAAUCAUUUUUAUGCUGGUUGUCAUACUAGUACGAUUAGUUGGGUUAAAAUGAACAACCAAGAAAAAGUGCAAAUGCUAUUAAUUUAUGGUAAAUGCGAUAGAAAUUCUCGGCAGGCAGCAAGAAUGUAUGCUGAACAAUACCCAGGUCGGUACCAUCCACCGCAUACAUUUUUUAUUAAGAUAGAACAAUUAUUGAUUAACCAUGGAGCAUUUUCUGUAAAAGUAGUCCGUAACCAACAAAUUAGAGAAAACAAUAUUAAUGAAGAUGUGGAACUUCAAAUUUUAGCUUACAUUAGAUUGAAUCCAAGAUCUUCGGUUAGACAUGUUGGUAGAGAAGUUGGAAUCUCAUUUGGCCUUGUACAUAAAAUUUUAAAAAAACACAAAAUGCAUCCUUAUAAACCUGACUUAGUUCAACAUUUACGACCUGCAGAUCCAGAAAGAAGGUUAAAUUUCAUUGCUUGGUUACUAGUUCAAAUCGAUACACAACCAUUAUUUUUAAAUCAGAUAUUAUGGACUGAUGAAUCUAAAUUCACGAACAAUGGAGUUAUUAAUAAACAAAAUAAUCGUAUGUGGUCAGAUGUUAAUCCCCAUUGAGCAGUGGAUAAUCGUUACCAAACUGUGUGGGGUACUAAUGUUUGGUGUGGACUUAUUGGUGGAAAAUUGUUAGGUCCGUAUUUCUAUGAAGAAAACUUAACUGCGAGACGAUAUUUAUCAUUUUUAACAAAUGUUUUACCAUUAAUGUUAGAAAAUUUACCAUUAGCUACUCGUCAAACCCUCUAUUUUCAGCAGGACGGAGCUCCUGCUCAUAAUGCGCAUAUUGUUCGAGAUUACUUGAAUCGGGUAUAUGAGGGAAAAUGGCUUGGCACUUAUGGUCCCAUUGAAUGGCCAGCAAGAUCUCCAGAUAUUACACCACUUGAUUUUUUUUUAUGGGGACAUUUGAAAACAGUAGUCUACGCAGAUCCACCAGUUAAUCUAGCAGAUUUAAAAAAUAAAAUCUUGGUUGCGUGUAAUAACCUUACUGAAAGUCAAAUAAUGACAGCAACUAAUAGAGGAUGUCUACAACGUUUUCAAUUAUGUGUCAACAAUCAAGGAGCAAACUUUGAACAAUUUAUUUAAUUAAUUGUGUAGUUAUAAAAUAACUGUUGUAAUCAAUUUUAAUAAAAUAAUUUUAUAUCCAUAUUAUGUUAAUCUUAUUUAUAACACGUAUAAAAAAAAAAAAUACGUAAAGAUAUUCAAAAAGAAACCAAUAAUAAAUAAUUAAAAUGAUUUUAUGCAUUUUAUAAUGAAUUGUAAAAAUGUAUUAUUUUUUAAGAUUUGAAUGGCUCUCAUUCAGUCAAUUUUGGUUUUAGAGCCAUGGUUAAUUGGUCAAAAUGACUUAAAAAAAUUCAGUAUAUCCGAAUUUGGUAUCAAAAAUACCAGUUGCUAUUAAAAAAAACAUAAGUUGCAUUGCGCAUGCGCGUACCGAAGGGGUUAAAAAUUUGAAAUUUAUCUGAAAAUGUGUAUUUAUAUACCACUAGCUUGUAAAAAAAAAUUCGAUUUAUUCAAACAUAAUCCGGCCGAAAAAUUCAGUGUUCCCUAAAUUGGUGAACACAC